AUGACAGACGAGCAAAGAACAGCUCCAUUCUACACAGUCCCACCCCACCAUAUCGCCAGCGUCGAACAUCCAGCCAUAAUCCGCAAUGUCGAUAAAGCAAUCGAUACGCUCGAGGGCAACGCGGGCAUAUCCAAGAUUAUAAACUCCUCGAGGGCUGAUACAAGAGCCAACCUGAAUCUCCGUCCAGAAGAUGUCAUGUCCAGGCCUUUGCAGUCGACUAAUUCGCAGACGAACAAUGUCCUGCUCAAGGUGACUGUUCCGAGGCGCACGGGACGGAGACGGAAGAGGGGGACUGAGGAGCCGUUUACGGAGAUGCAUCUUCCUUCUGAGAAUGAUGGAUGCCCAAGACUUAGUGCGAGAGACCUGAGGAGAAGCUUGGAGGAUAAUGUUGGGAGGUAUCAGGUUGAGCCGGUGGGGAUGGUGAAUCGGACGCAUGUGUUUCGAGGAAUGCCGGAUUUCGUGUGGUCGACGUCGUCCAGCGAAUUUACCAAUCGGUUCCGUGAUCAAAUAUUGUCUUUUGACUACGAAAAAAUGAAACAAUUCGACAUCAACAUGUCCAAAGGUGCCAUCUCCAACGUGGACAUCAUACCACCACCAUCAUACAGCCACGGGGACAUCCCAUUCAACUACUUCUACCGCCAAAACCCAACCGUCAAGCAAUCCCUCGACAAAACCGGCCAACCAACAACAAUCAACACCUCCUCCGCCACAAAAAUAGCAACCCACCUCGUCCCCUACGACAUCCCAACAGUCCCCCAAGCCGCCCACCCCGGCUGCCCGCCAAUCCCAACCCUCGAGCCAGUCCUCCAAGAAACCAUCUCCGUGCUCGAAUCCCUCUUCAGCACCAGACCAGCCUGGACAAGACGCGGCCUACGUAACUCCCUCACGAAACUCGAGCAAAGACACGCCCUGAAACAUGCAGUCCCCUACGUCGGCUACAUCUUCCGCUCAGGACCAUGGCGCGAUGCUAUCGUCAAACAUGGCCACGACCCGCGCUCCUCCCCAGACUACCGUAUCUACCAAACAGCCAUGUUCCGCCUCCUGCCCCGUGACCCCGAAGUCGCGCGUGAUGGUGGCGGCAGCGCCAACUUCAACACUACCAACACAGACACAUACACCACAGGCACUACCGGCGGACACGGCGGCGUGAAAUCCAACCGCCGCCACACCCACACCCGCUACUCCGACGUCGCCGCCAUAAACCCCUUCGCAAACCCAUCCUCCCGAACAACUCUCUCCUCCGACAACACCUUCACAACAACAACCCCCGUGCCCGCCGAAACAACACACAUCUUCACAGGCACCCCGCCCCUCCCGCACGACGGCCGAAUGUGGAUGUUCUGCGACAUCGCAGACCCUCUACUCCGAAACUUCCUCUUCCCGCCAAACCCAUCAGACCCAACAAACCCUCCACCAGGCUUUCUCCGAGAAACCUGUGAACCGGUCACAGACGGGUGGUACGGGACUGGUACGAUGGCCAAAGCGAAGGCGAUAAUGCGCGCCAAGAUCCUCGCGCUAACUGAGAACCGGGCUACGGAUGAUGAGGCUGAGUUUGGAAGGAUUCUUGCGUUUCCGGAUCAUGUGGAUGAGGAGAAUUUGAAUGAGGAGGUUUUGCAGUUUUCGUGUGAGGGGGAGGGGGUUGGUUCGAGGGAGAUGCAGAUGGCUACUGAUAUUAGGGCUGCGAUUAGGGGGGCUGUUAGUUGGAGGGCUGUUGUUAGUAGGCCUGGUGGUGUUGAUGGAAAAGGCGGGAACGAGGUUGGGGAGGGUGGGAAGAAGGUGCAGUGGGAGGAUGAGGGUGAGGGCGAUGAAGGGAGUGAAGGGGAGGAGGUUGAGAUGCAGGAUCAAGAGGGUGAGGAUGAGGAUGAGAAUCAGGACGGGGAUGAUGCGGAGGAUCAGGAUCAAGAUGAAGAUGAUGAGAUGGAUGAGGGAUCUUGA